AUGCUUGGUCGCGGCCGUUUUCUGAUACUUUGGAUAUGCUUGUCCGGCACUUCGCUCCGGACCAACAACGACUUUGGCGACGAGAGGAAUCAACACGCUGAUCCGGGAGAGAAGCAGCGGGAUCUGCAGGCGCUCAGCGAAGUGCUGGGCGCCGCCGAAGAGACGCUGCUGGUCCUCGACAGCACUGGCGUGGCCCUUAGCCGCGCCUGGUGCCUGUUCGAGGCGUGGCAGACGACCUGUCGGACAUCGGGCAGCAACAAGCUGCGAUUGUUGUGGUACAGCCUGGACCUCCAGCGCCUCGAACAGGCCCUGCUAGACGUUGACUUUAGCCGCGCCAAAGCAACGGAACGCCGUGACAUGGAUUGCAUUCUAGCAGACGUUCGGAAGAAGCAAGGACGCAUUACUGCCGGCAACGACGGCAAUGCCGCUCGCACCGCCGCCGCCGCCGGCACCGGUCUCGACCUCAGUGGAGGCGGAGUGAACGGUGGCGGGAGCCUCGAGCGUGCCGCAACGCAGGGAUUGAAGGAGGGAAUGCGGCGGCUAGAGGCUGCGGAGCCGAUGCUGCUGCGCGCUCUCCAGGGCCGUCUUCGCGUGCUGGGGACUGACCACCCUGAUGCGCUGUCCUCGGUCGUGGCGCUGGCGUCCCUGCGCCGUACACAAGGCCGGAUGGCGGAGGCGGAGGAGCUCGGCCGUCAGGCUCUAGCAGGAUACGAGCGUGUGUUGGGGCCCGACAGCAGCGACACUAUUGCGGCGGCGGCGGCGCUCGCGGGGCUUCUUCGCUUGCAGCGUCGGCCGGCGGAGGCGGAGCCUCUGCUCCGUGCCGCGCUCGGCGCGCGCGAGCGGACGUUGGGCGAGUCCCAUCCUGAUACCCUGGUGGCGGCGAGCAACCUGGCGGCACUUCUGAUGCCGCUGGGGAAGUACGACGAGGCGGAGGCGCUGUUCCGUCGGGCGCUGGCUGGUCUGGAGUUAGCGGUUGGAAAUCUGCACCGCGACACCCUAUCUGCCUUGAACAACCUAGCGAGUCUGAUGGCGUCACGUGGCCGGUACGACGAGGCCGAGCCGCUGUAUCGCCGGGCGCUCCAGGGGCGGGAGCUGACGACAGGUCCAGACGCCAUCGACACACUGGUAUCUGUGAAGAACCUGGCGUUGCUGCUUAAGCUGCGCGGAAAGUACGACGAGGCGGAAGGGCUGUACCGGCGCGCGCUCCAGGGGCGGGAGCGGGUGCAGGGCAGCGGUCACCCCGAAACGCUCGCGGCGAUGCAUAACUUGGCAGGGCUGCUGGCGGCAGCGGGAAAGUACGACGAUGAAACGGAGGCCCUGUUCCGCCGGGCGCUGGGUGGCCGGGAGCAGCUGUACGGCAUGGCGCAUGAGGAUUCAUUGGCGGCGGCUAGCGGCUUGGCGGGGUUGCUGGCGUCGCGGCGCAAGUACGACGAGGCCGAGCAGCUCUACCGGCGGGCGCUUCAGGGACGGGAGGCGUUGUGCGGACCCGCGCACCCGGAGACGCUGACGGCGGCACGCGAGCUGGCGGCAGCGCUGGCAGCGGCGGGGAAGUACGACGAUGCGGAAAUGCUGUUCCGGCGUGUGGUGGCAGGCCGUGAACAGGCCCUGGGCCCGGGGCGACACGAGACUCUUGCAGCCGCCGCGGAACUGGCGGAGGUUCUGGCGGCGGCGGGGAAGUACGACGAGGCCGAAGCACUGCACCGGCGGGCGCUGGGCGGACGCGGCGCGGCACUGGGUUUUGAUCAUCUUGACACUCUCGCCAGCGCCGGUGCGCUGGCGGGCGUGCUUGUCGCGCGUGGAAAGUACGAGGAGGCCGAGCAGCUGUACAGACGAGCUCUGAAAGGCAGGGAGGCGGCGCUGGGUGGCGACCAUCGCGACACGCUGGCGGCGAUGAGUGACCUGGCGGCGGCGCUGGCAGCGGCGGGAAAGUACGACGAGGCCGAGCAACUGCACCGGCGGGCGCUGGGGGGUCGUGAGCAGCUACUGGGUGAGUCGCAUCACGACACGCUAACGUCGGCGGGCGGCCUAGCGGGCGUGCUGGUGUGCCGCGGCAAGUACGACGAGGCUGAGACGUUGUACGGCAGGGCGCUGGCGGGUCGGGAGCAGGCGCUGGGCGUCAACCACCCAGAGACGCUGGCGUGCGUCAGCAGUCUGGCGAGUCUGCUGGCGUCGUGCGGGAAGUACGACAAGCUUGAGGCGUUGCGUCGACGGCGGCGGCUGGCAGGCGGUGGCGUCGAGGCAGCGCCUUCUGCCGGGGAUGGUAGCGGCGGCGGCGGCUCCGCUGUGGAGGGAGCCGACGAGCAAUGGGGCAACGGCGCCGCCACCGUCGGCAUUGCCGCACACGGCCGACUACACAAGAGUUUGCAGCGACGCAUCACCGCCACGUCGGACCGCACGCUGGUGUUUCGACAACCCCCCAGCGGGCCGCCUUCUUUGUCGAGCCCCACCCGGGGCACCAUGGGAGGCCCCGCCGCCGCUGCCACCGCCACCUUCGACGGGAUCGCAGCCGAGGACCCUGAGCCACGGUCCGCGGCUGUAUCAGCAGCGGCAGCACCGCCGCCGUCACCGCACAGGCGCGCCGGCAGCUUCCUGCAGGGCUUCUUUCGGCCGCACGGCGGCGGUGCCCCGGCCCCGGCCGCGGGCGGCGGCGGCGGCGGCGGCGGCGGCUCCACCAGCUCUCCGGGCUCCGAAAGCACCAAAUUCGCAAGCCAUCCCGCCGGCCGCAUUUCCUCUCUGAUGCGCUGGGCUUCAAGCGGCCUUGAGCCGUCGCCACCGCCGCAGCAGCACCUGACGCUGCACGGCCAGUCCGUCUCCAGUCCAACCGCCAACCGUCAACCGCUCUUCCUAUUAACCGAGGAGCAAUCACAGCACCAGCAGCCCCAUAAUGGCUUACGGCCCCGGUACAAUGUACGGCACGAGGCUGAGCCGGCAGCCCUUCCUUCUCCGAGUGCUGCCACUGCGGCGGGCGGCGGCGGCGGCGGCGGCGGCCGCUUCCAGGCGCUGCUUACGGCGCAGGUGGCUUGA